AUGCUGCCGUACCUGUUCCCCGAUCUGUCCACCUUUACUACAGUCGCCGAUCUUAUCACCCACCUUCGCACUAGUGAUGCUCGCCUGCGUGCCGCCCUUCCCACCGAGUUCUGCGCUAAGAACCCCCUCCACUUUCGAGACCACUUCCUUGCUCGCUGUCCCACUGAGCUCACAGUCGCCCUCCUAGAGGAGCACCUGCUCGCGGCCGAAAAGAGCAUUGUAGCUGUCGGUGCUGCUCGUGGCGCUCCUCGCACCCCCAUCUUUGAGGGGUGUUCUCCCUCUCCCCUCGCUCCCUCCUACGCUGCUGCUGCUGCUGUUGACUUCCUUGGUGCUGAGUCUGUUGGCGCUGCUUCUACUCCUGGUGGGAGGCGCCGCACCGGCAAGGGCAAGGGGGGCAAAAGUGGUGGUGGUGGCGCUGGGGGGGGAGGAGGUGGGGGAGGUGGGGGGGGAGGCGGUGCUGGAGGGAGCGGUGGCGGGAGCGCUGGUGGGAGUGGGGUCGGUGGUGGAGACGGGGGCGGCGGAGGAAGCAGUGGCAGUAGUGGCGGCGGCGGCGGCGGUGGCGGCGGUGGCGGUGGUGGCGGUGGUGGCGCGGUCGGCGGUCGGAGCGGUGGUAGUGGUGGCGGCGGAGGUCGGAGUGGAGGCACUGGCUCGGGCCAGAGCUCCCAGCAGCAGCAGCGUCCCCAGACGACCCAGCAGCUUCGUGAGUGGCUUACUCAGCGUGGGACGUCGGGGGCCAGUGGCCGCUGUUCUUAUGUCAUUCGCACAGGUGACCGCAAGGGACAGACGUGUGGGAGGUUCCACACCCCGUACCGCUGCUUCUCCCGCCUUGACGACGCUUGGCGUGAGGAGAUGGGUGCGGAUGUUGAGCGCCCCCGCUGGGCUGAGCUCAUGAGGGCUGGUGUUGAUGUCUUUGCUCUUGACUAUGAUGCUAUUAUUGCUGCCAUGUAUGCAUUGACUGUUAGUGCCGAGGGAGACUGUUACCUGUGUGUGCCGCCUGACCCAGGUAUAGAGCCUGCUGCCCUGGGUACUAGUGAGUCUGCUCUCUCUGGUAUGGUGCCCCCUGUACUUGCCCCCCCCAGUGCUGUCCCGGCUGGUUUCGAGUCUGCUCUCUCAGGUACAGCACCCACACAGACUCCUCUCUCAGGUACCGCACCGACUGAGGCCUGUCACACCUUCACCCUUGACUCAGGUGCUUCCCGUUGCUUCUUUCGUGACAGUACUGAGCUCACACCGCUUCCUGCACCGGUCCCAGUCUCCUUGGCUGACCCCUCUGGGGGCCCAGUCCUUGCCCAGUCCACCACUGUCCUCCCUUGUCCGGCGUCUGGCUCGUUGUCGGGUUUCCACCUCCCCUCGUUCUCGACGAACCUGGUGAGCAACGCUGUCCUCCAGGAUCAGUGGGUUGACACCUUUACCCCUGGCGGACAGCGUGUGGCGAUCUGCACGUGCUCCAGGACCGGCCGUCACCUGGCUACGUUCACCCGUCGGCCGGGGUCGAGUCUCUACACACUGACCACUGCGUCUCCCCAGGUAGCUGCUGUCGGUCAGGUGUCUGCGUCAGGUCUGGUGGCCCACGCCUGUGAGUGUCGUUCCCUGUCGCACCAGACUCUUCUCUGGCACCACCGCCUGGGUCACCCCUCCUUGCCACGCCUUCGUGGCAUGCACCGUCGCCUCCUUGUGUCCGGUCUUCCCAGGUCCCUCCCUCCCCUCCCUGCCUCGCCUGCGCCGCCUUGCCUUCCUUGCGUCGAGGGGCGGCAGCGCGCCGCUCCUCACUCCUCCUCGUUCCCCCCGACAGAGGCUCCUCUGCAGACCCUCCACCUGGACGUGUGGGGCCCAGCCCGCGUUCGUGGUCAGGGCGGUGAGCGGUAUUUUUUGCUGGUUGUCGACGACUACUCGCGUUACACCACGGUCUUCCCCUUGCGCACCAAGGGUGAGGUCCCUGCUGUUCUGAUCCCUUGGAUCCGCACGGUUCGUCUCCAGCUCCGCCGCCGUUUCCGGACGGAUCUUCCUGUCCUGCGUCUGCACUCUGACAGAGGUGGUGAGUUUUCCUCCGACCUCUUGAGGACCUUCUGUCAGGCGGAGGGCAUCGAGCAGACCUUCACGCUUCCGGACUCCCCACAGCAGAAUGGGGUUGCUGAGCGUCGCAUUGGCCUGGUCAUGGAGGUCGCUCGUACCUCCUUGGUCCACGCGGCGGCUCCCCAUUUUCUGUGGCCGUUUGCUGUCCGGUACGCCGCGCAUCAGCUCAACCUCUGGCCCCGUGUCUCCUUGCCGGAGACCUCGCCCACACUGCGUUGGACGGGGGAGGUUGGCGAUGCGUCGCGCUUCCGGGUGUGGGGUGCUCGUGCCCUUGUCCGCGAUACGUCUGCGGACAAGCUCUCCUCCCGCACGCUUCCCUGUGUCUUCCUUGGCUUUGUCCCUGACGCGCCUGGCUGGCAGUUUUACCACCCCACCUCGCGCCGGGUCUUCGCCUCUCAGGAUGUCACCUUUGACGAGUCGGUCCCCUUUUACCGUCUCUUCCCCUACCGCACUGCCCCCCUCCCUCCCCCGCCGCUUUUCCUUGCUCCUGGCCCCCCUCCGGUAGACCCCCUUCCCCCUCAGGGUCCUGCUCCUUCAGGUGUCUCUCAGGUAGACCCUCCUCCCGUCGCUGAGCCUGUCGAGGUCACAGGUGACUCAGGUGCUGCUGCGGGUGGUGCUGCUGGGAGUGCUGAGCCUGGGGGUGCUGAGCCUGGGGGUGCUGAGCCUGCGGGUGCGAGGCCUGGGAGUGCUGGGAGUGCUGGGACUGCGGGUGCUGGGGCUGAGGGUACUGUGCCUGAGAGUUUGCCGCCUGGGGGUGCUGAGCCUGGGGGUGCUGCGACUGGGGGUGCUGAGCCUGCGGGUACUGAGACUGCGGGUGCCGGUACUGAGCCUGGGGGUGCUGCUACUGAGCCUACGGAGCCUCGGGUUACUGUGUCUGGGGGUGCUCCGGUUCGGGGUGCUGAGCAGUCUCUCACACCGCAGCAGCUUCGUGACUGGUACGUCCGACGCUUUCGCCGUCCUAGUGGCUCGGCUGGAGUUUGGGGUGCUGGAGUUGCUCGUCCUGGGGGUGCUCGUACUGGGGGUACUGGAGCUGCCGGGACUGGCUGUUCUGGGAGCACUGCGACUGGAGCUGCUGGAGCUGGGGACUCUGGCGUUGGCGGUGCUAGCGGAGUUGGAGCUCCCGACUCUGGGGGUGGCGCUGCUGCUGGUGCUGCGGACCCACCUGGUGGAGCUGCUGCUGGUACUGAGGAGUCGGACGGGUGGAGAGUGCUGCUGGAGCUGGGGACCCGGCCAGUGGAGCUGCUGCUGGUGCUGUGGACCCGGACGCUGGAGCUCCUACUGGUGCUGAGGACCCGGCCGCUGGAGUCCCUUCUGCUUCUGGAGACGCUGCGCGGCCGCGACCGUACUUCGCACUCACUACAUGACUCUGCGUCCCUCUACUGCUCCUCGGCGUGUCCUCUACCGUCUCCUCCUGCGUCCUCUUUGCCUGCCGUUCCGGACCCUGAGUCUGACCGGUAUCGCGCUGAGCACCCUACAGUCACGCGUCUCCUUGCUACUGUUGUCACUGACCCCACCUUUGAGUCCUCGGCUGCGUCUGCUCUGGUCGCUGAGUUGGUUGACUUUGCUGCUGCCUGUCGUCUAGACUACGCUGCUAGCCUUGUCGCUGAGUCAGAGUCUGCGUCAGUCUGUCCUCCGUCCGUCGGGGGUGAGUGUGCUCUUGGCACGGACGUCCUUGAGGACAGGCAGGAGGACUUUGACUCACUUGCGGCUGCUGUACCUCAUCUCGUGGCCUGGUUGCUUGCCCCUGAGGGAGACCCGGAUGCAGUAGACAUCCCCACUCCGCGCACCUACGCAGAGGCGAUCUCGGGUCCCUACUCCUCUCAGUGGCAGACAGCCAUGGACGCAGAGAUGGCAUCCUGGAAGUCCACAGGCACCUACGUCGACGAGAUUCCCCCUCCUGGGGCGAACAUCGUCGAUGGCAUGUGGAUUUUCAGGGUGAAGCGGCCGCCAGGUUCUCCGCCUGUCUUCAAGGCUCGUUACGUUGCUAGAGGCUUCAGUCAGCGUCAGGGGGUCGACUUCUUCCAGACCUUCUCCCCCACCCCGAAGAUGACCACUCUUCGGGUUCUGCUGCACGUUGCUGCUCAGCGUGACUACGAGCUUCACUCUCUUGACUUCAGCACAGCGUUCCUGCAGGGCAGCCUGCACGAGGAGAUCUGGCUGCGCCGCCCACCUGGCUUUACUGGGUCGUUUCCCCCUGGUACCCAGUGGAGUCUCCGCCGGCCAGUCUACGGUCUCCGCCAGGCGCCACGUGAGUGGCACGACACACUGAGGACUACUCUUGCGGCUCUUGGGUUCGCGCCGUCUACUGCUGACCCGUCGCUGUUUCUGCGCACAGACACGUCGCUGCCGCCGUUCUACAUCCUCGUGUACGUCGACGACUUGGUCUUUGCUACUGCUGACACUGAGGCACUCGCUCGUGUGAAGAGACACACCUGCACUGACCUGGGUGAACUGCGUAGCUACCUUGGCUUGCAGAUCACCCGGGACAGAGCUCGCCGCACCAUCACCCUGACUCAGUCACACAUGGUGCAGCAGGUCCUUCAGCGCUUCGGCUUCCAGUUCUCCUCACCACAGGCCACACCUCUGGCUACCAGCCACUCGCUCUCAGCUCCACCUUCGGACGAGUCCGUAGAGCCGAAUGGCCCGUACCCAGAGCUUGUAGGCUGCCUCAUGUACCUGAUGACUUGCACGCGACCUGACCUCGCGUACCCUCUUAGCAUCCUUGCUCGUUACGUUGCGCCUGGGAGACACAGGCGAGAGCACUGGGAGGCUGCUAAGAGGGUGCUGCGUUACCUGUGCAGUACAUCAGGCAUGGGGCUGGUGCUUGGAGGACGCGACAGAGUUGUCCUCACUGGUCACUCGGACGCCUCUUGGGUGGACGACCUGGCUACGCAGCGGUCGUCACAGGGUUACACCUUCAGCCUUGGCUCAGGUUCUGUCUCGUGGCGGUCCACCCGCUCUUCCUCUGUUCUCGGCUCUAGUUGUGAGGCUGAGAUCUACGCCACAGCCAUGGCUGCACAGGAGUUACGCUGGCUCACCUACCUGCUGACUGACUUGGGAGAGCGGCCUAGUUCUCCUCCAGUUCUGUACGGUGACAACAAGGCGGCUCUUGCCUUGUGUCAGGAGCACAGACUGGAGCACAGGACGAAGCACAUUGCUCUUCGCUACUUUCUUGCUCGAGAGCUUCAGCAGCGCGGUCAGCUUCGGCUUGUGUACGUGGACUCGAAGGCCAACACUGCUGAUAUCUUCACCAAGGCGCUCCCGCCUAGUGAUCAUCAGCGGCACUGUACUUCUUUAGGCCUUGUGUCCACGUUUCCUCACUUGCUCACUGCUUGA